AUGGUGGGGAGCAGGACCCGAGGUCCCAUCGGCCCUGGCAAGUAUGGCUAUGGGAAGGCCCCGUACAUCUUACCACUGCAGACGGACUCUGCACACUCACCGCAGAGGCUUCGGAGGCAGAGGCCCUCAUCCCGGCAUUCCAGGUCCCAGGGGGCAUCAGGUCCUAGCCAUGGCUAUAGCACGCCAGCCCGCCGGGCCUCGCAACAUGGACCUCUGUACCAGAGUGACAGCGGCCCUCGUUCUGGACUGCAGGCCUCAGAGGCCUCUAUCUACCAGCUGCCUCUGACCCACACCCAAGGCUUCCCUGCAGCUUCAAGUCUCUUCCACAGCCCAGAAACAAGCAGCAACCAUGGCAUGGGGGCCCACAGGGUGGCUCCGAGCUUCUCCCAGCCUGCCCGGUCUGCAGCCAUCUCCUGCACUGGGGCCUAUCGCCAAUACAAGAUGUGCAACACCAACGUGUGUCCAGAAAGCAGUAGAAGUAUCCGGGAGGUACAGUGUGCAUCUUACAACAACAAGCCAUUCAUGGGCCGCUUUUAUGAAUGGGAACCAUUUGCAGAAGUAAAGGGCAAUCGGAAAUGUGAGUUGAACUGCCAGGCAAUGGGGUACCGCUUCUACGUGCGGCAAGCUGAGAAGGUCAUUGAUGGGACGCCCUGUGAUCAGAACGGCACGGCCAUCUGCGUGUCCGGGCAGUGCAAGAGCAUCGGCUGUGACGACUACCUAGGCUCAGACAAAGUUGUGGACAAAUGCGGAGUGUGUGGAGGCGAUAACACGGGCUGUCAGGUUGUGUCGGGUGUGUUUAAGCACGCCCUCACCAGCCUGGGCUACCACCGUGUGGUUGAGAUUCCCCAAGGAGCCACAAAAAUCAACAUCACCGAGAUGCACAAGAGCAACAACUAUUUGGCCUUGCGAAGUCGUUCUGGCCGCUCCAUCAUCAACGGGAACUGGGCAAUUGACCGGCCUGGAAAAUACGAGGGCGGAGGGACAAUGUUCACCUACAAGCGUCCAAAUGAGAUUUCUAGUACUGCUGGAGAGUCCUUUUUGGCCGAAGGUCCCACUAAUGAGAUCUUGGAUGUCUAUAUGAUACACCAGCAACCUAACCCGGGAGUCCACUACGAGUAUGUUAUCAUGGGAACCAACGCCAUCAGCCCACAGGUGCCGCCUCACAGGAGACCAGGGGAGCCCUUCAACGGCCAGCUGGUAACAGAAGGAAGGGGCCAGGAGGAGGGAGAAGAGAAGGAGAGGAACGAGGAGAAGGAAGACUUGCACCGUGGGACACCUGAAAUAUUCACCUCGGAAUCAACACAGACCUUCUCAGUCAGGCAUCCAGAUCGGUUUUCUUCCCAUCGGCCAGACAAUUUGGUGCCACCAGCACCACAGCUCCCACGACGAAGCCGAGAUCACAACUGGAAGCAGCUUGGGACAACAGAGUGCUCCACGACCUGUGGGAAAGGAUCGCAGUAUCCCAUUUUUCGCUGUGUGCACAGAAGCACCCAUGAAGAGGUUCCUGACGGCUACUGUGACUCCAGCAUGAAGCCAAGCCCUGAGGAGGAGCCGUGCAACAUCUUCCCCUGCCCAGCCUUCUGGGACAUCGGGGAAUGGUCAGAGUGCAGCAAAACCUGUGGCCUGGGCAUGCAGCAUCGCCAGGUUCUGUGCCGCCAGGUGUAUGCCAACCGCAGCCUGACCGUGCAGCCCUACCGCUGCCAGCACCUGGAGAAGCCCGAGACCACCAGCACCUGCCAGCUCAAGAUUUGCAGCGAGUGGCAGAUCCGGACAGACUGGACCUCGUGCUCAGUGCCCUGUGGAGUGGGACAGAGGACCCGAGACGUGAAGUGUGUGAGCAACAUCGGAGAUGUGGUGGAUGAUGAGGAAUGCAACAUGAAGCUCCGGCCAAAUGACAUCGAGAACUGUGACAUGGGACCCUGUGCGAAGAGCUGGUUCCUCACCGAGUGGAGUGAAAGGUGCUCAGCGGAGUGCGGGGCCGGGGUGCGGACACGCUCGGUGGUAUGCAUGACCAACCAUGUCAGCAGCCUGCCCCUGGAGGGCUGUGGGAACAACCGGCCAGCAGAGGCCACCCCGUGUGACAACGGGCCCUGCACGGGCAAGGUGGAGUGGUUUGCUGGGAGCUGGAGUCAGUGUUCCGUCGAGUGCGGGAGUGGGACCCAACAGAGGGAAGUGAUUUGUGUUAGGAAGAAUGCAGACACCUUCGAAGUGCUGGACCCUUAUGAAUGUUCCUUCCUGGAGAGACCCCCCAGCCAGCAAUCUUGCCACCUCAAGCCUUGUGGGGCCAAAUGGUUUAACACAGAAUGGAGCAUGUGUUCCAAGAGCUGCCAGAGCGGCUUCCGGGUCCGGGAAGUGCGCUGUCUGUCAGAUGACAUGACCCUAAGUAAUCUCUGUGACCCUCAGUUGAAACCAGAAGAGAAAGAAUCAUGCAACCCUCAGGACUGUGUCCCUGAAGUUGAUGAAAACUGCAAAGACAGGUACUACAACUGCAACGUGGUAGUCCAAGCGCGACUCUGUGUCUACAACUACUACAAGACUGCCUGCUGCGCCUCCUGCACUCGUGUGGCCAACAGGCACUCCGGCUUCCUGGGGAGCAGAUAACACCCCCGCACCGCAUCCAUAGGGUGGGGCGGGGAGUCUAAACAGGGUGACUGGCUGGCUGUUGCUCCAGCAAGGGCUCUCUGGCCCAGGGCGCUGCCAGCCAACUUACACCACCCCUGCCUUUGGUAAAGUGUACACAUGGUGCCCAGGAGCGGAGCCAUACCUGUCUUUUGAGCAUUGCCAUAAACUGAUAAUUCCUCCUUGGGAAACCUGGCAUCUGCUAAAGGUACUCCCUGAAAACCAAGCAGUGGGAGGGAGGGGUACAGGUAGCUCUCAGCCAACUCCCGUCCUGGCACUUUCUAAGUCAGCAGUUGGGUCCUGACUGGGUGCUGCCUCAUCCCUGGUGCUACUGGCCUUUCCAAUAUCGGCGCCUCGUGGAGAGUCAGAGGAGGUAGCACCCCUGCCCCAGGGCCCCACGAAGCCCUCUGAGAUGCCUGAUCCCUCUGUUACCUCAGUCCAGCUGUGCCUAUCUUCAUUCUCAAAGACAUCAGGCUAUUUUCCUGCCUUAGGAUACAAAUAUCUCAAGUCAAUAUAGUGCUUUAUUGUUUCACAGGCGUAUUCACAGAUAUUAACUCAUUAGCAACUCACAACACCCCAGAAUGGGAAUCAUUAUCCCCGUUUUGCUGACAAAGAAACUUAGACUCAGCUUUGGUAAUUGACCUGCCAGGUAUAUUCACCUGUUCAAUAGCAGAGCUGAGUCCUGACCCUAAUCAUCUGACUACAAAACCCCGCCCCCAAGGCCUGUCCAGAAGUUUUAGGUCUGCAGGAUGCGGCUUCCUUCCAGACCAAGAGGCUGAGAAGUUUCCCAAUUUGCAAACAAAGCCCAGGUCUUUGAAUUCUUCCCUCCAUGGAAAGGUCAAGACUCUCUCCCCUGUGUCAGUUGUCUCAGAAGUCUUUUUCUACUUAUUCCUUCCCUCACAAAGUCACAGAUUGUAGUCAGUGGACUCUGCAGGUUUUGUUAAACCCCCAUCCUUAAAGGAACUGCCCCAUGAGACCAGAAAGCCAUUGGGUAGCAAAGUCAUUACCUUCAUUCUGAUUCCAUCUCCCAGAGAGAUGUCCUCCUCUGGAAUCUCAGGUCAGGAUCCCUUUGGCCACUGAGACUUUCGGAUCCCAGAGCAGAUUUCCAGAGCUGUGUGCUCCCGCAUCUUCCUCAGCCAGCCCUUCGGGCUGCUCCCAAUGGAAAGUCUAACCAGCCCAUUGCAGUAAAAACCUUAUGUCUAUGUUAGAAAGUCCCUCUUUGGUCUUUCUGAUUUGAUUUGUGGAUUUCUCACUGUGACUUCAAAUCCUUCCCCUCGCCCCAUGACUCACAAACCAUACUCCCCGCUCCCUCCCAGAUGUGGCACUAACAUCUACAUUAAUGCCGCCAGUCUGGUAGAAGGGGCUGCAAACUCCAGUGACGGCUGCAGCAGCAGGGUCAUCCACCUAACUCUUCAGUUCCAGAGGUCUAAAGGGGGUUGUAGUGCAUACUGAGAAGUGAAAUAUCUGAAAAGUCAAUUAAGAAAAAAAAUAUUUUUUUUUCUUUCACCCAUUAAGAAAAAUAUCAGGCUAAACAAAUAGUAAGCUUACAAAAAAAAUCUAUCUCAUUUAGUACCAUAGUCCUGGGCCUAGUUCGCUUUUAAAGCAAGCCUAGAUUCUUCCCGUGAACCCUUUAAACCUCAGAUCUGCUAACUCAAUGACCAUUUGCAGCUUUUGGAAGCAGUAUCAGCUGCCUGGUCUGACACGCUCCGUUAGGUUCACUCCCUUUGAGCUUUCAGAAAUUCCGCUGGGCCUUUCUGUGGCCAUCCUCUUCCUGGAGAGCCCUGGCCCCCACUUCGCAGAAGCACCCCAUCUCUCCUGAUUCUUAUGAACUCGCACAGAGAAGCAGGCGGAAAGAGGCCCAGAUUCCCAUGCCCACCAAGCCUAUCAGUGGUUUUGUCCAAUGCCCACCCUCUUCCUUUCACGGCUUACGAGGAUAGUUCUUCCGUUGUGCAGUUGCUCUCAGAUCUUACUGAACAAGCCAAUCAUUCGAAGGAGUCUUUGGAAGAAGCUUUCUUUACAUGCUGGAGUUCAGGGCAAGA